AUGACUCCGGAAAUCAUGUCGGAUGCAGUUCCCCCAGCCAGUGGACAAGAAAAACCAGCCAAUUCCACCCGAGAUUCCGCGCGUACCGCUGAUGGUACCGACAUGAGCACGGCCAAGGAGUGGUUCAAGGCUGUUCUCAAAAUCCAGCAUUCGUCUAUUGCGCAAGCCCAAGAGGAUUGCCGACAGGCUAUCGAAGACCGUCGGACGGAUCGACAAUUAUUCCUUGCGGCCCAUCAAGCUAGCGCGACCCGCAUCGCCCGCUUAGAGGACUUGCUCCUGGCAAUGAAUGUCAAGAACAAAGUCGCCGCCCGACCCGCGCAACCAACACCAGGUCGAGUUGAUCUUCAAAAAUUUCGCACUUUGGACGGACCCAUGUUCCGCGGCCCCUUCCAGGAAACGGAAUCGUUUCUGAGAUGGAUACACGGGGUCCAGAUCUUCUUCGAGACAAAAGAUGUCUCCAAUGCAGCCGACAAAAUUAAAAUACUCGGCAACCUCAUUGCGGAGACCAACUUACAAUUGUUCUACGCCAACAAGGCAGCAGGUUUCCUCACCCAAUCGUGGGAAGAAUUCAAGACGCGGAUGUUUGAUUUUGCGCUCCCCACCAACUGA